AUGUUUAAAGGCGGAAGAAGAUCAGGUGCUAAUUUCCCAUCUACCUUAAACACUCCAAUCGUGAUACAUGAAAUUGCUGAGCCUCAAUAUGUAUCAAAAGAUCAAGUACUAAAAUUUCUAGAAACCUUCAUUGAUAGCAAAGAGACAUUAGUAUCGAACGUAUCUACCUCUAUUGGUGUAGAAUCCUCCUCUAUGAUACAACCUGCUUUGGAUAACGCUAUGCAAAGUGUCGAUACUAAUCUAACAAGUUCAUUGUCACAAUUGAAAAGAUUACAAAGAGAUUUUAAAGGUUUACCACCUGCUAUGGCUACUUCAACAUCAUCUUCAUCUGAAUCAGCUAGUAGUUCUUCUGCAUCAACUGAAGAAGUUGAAAAUGAGGAAAACUUGGAUGAUCAAGGUAAUUCAGUUAUGAAAAGUGCCACUGGGGGUACUAAAAAGAAGUUCUCAGAAGAUGACUGA